CUUCAUCUAACUUCAUAAUAAAUGUAAAGGCACCGCUUCGAUAUGUUGAUGACCGCAUCGGUACUGAGAACAGCCGUUAAUAAGCUAAUUAGUGAACUAAUUGAGAUUGAGAAUGAAAUAACAAAGUGUGCGAACAAUAACGUACAAUACGAAUGUGAAAAUAUGUUUUAAAUAUUGUGUCCAACGGUGUUCUUAGUGGUAAGCAAUGCUUAAAGAGUUAAUAUAUUUAAAAUGUUAAACGGGACCACGGAAAAAGGGGGGCUAUCCCUCCAAUCGUCUCCAGUCAAAGUGUCUCCUUCACCAGUUAGGGCUUCUUCAAGUCCUGUGAGGGCGCCGUCAUCGCCCUUAAAGUCGUCACUGUCUCCUGCGGGAAAGCAGAAGUCACCGCGGCGAUGCCAGUUCGCAGCCCCAGCUGAAGAUACGAGGGACAAAUGCGGGACUUCAUGGUUAUGUCGAAGAGGUGCUGGAGCAGAAAUUGGAGACGAUUCUGGGAAUGAAUCACCUGGUCCAAGCGCACCUGUGCCUCAGGCAUGUGAAGAAUCAGCACCACCACCCAAGAACUGCUUCAGACUGGUAAUGUUAGGGUCAGCUCGCGUUGGCAAGACGUCCCUAGUGGCGAGAUUUCUCGGAACAAGGUUUGAAGACAGCUACACGCCUACGAUAGAAGACUUCCAUCGAAAGCUGUACCGUAUCCGCGGCGAAGUGUACCAACUGGACCUGUUGGAUACAUCUGGAAAUCAUCCAUUCCCAGCUAUGAGACGACUAUCGUUUUUGACAGGUGAUCUAUUCGUGCUAGUAUUUGCAAUGGACUGUCGUGAAUCUUUCGAAGAGGUGAUUCGACUUCGCGAGCAAAUCCUGGAGACGAAGGCUAGUGCGAGCAGCGGAAGCAGCCGGGGUCGGAAACAAGCCCCCAGGGUGCCAAUGGCAAUUGCUGGAAAUAAAUGCGACAGAGAACUAAAGACUGUACAGCCAGAGGAGGCAACCGCUUACUGCGCGACGCAAGACUCCGCCUGCGUGUUCGUCGAAACAUCAGCUAAAAGAAAUUUUCACGUCGACGAUCUUUUCUAUGAUCUUUUCGUAGUGGCGAAUCUACCAUUAGAAAUGGCACCUAACCAUCACAAGCGUGUCAGUACCGCCUUCGGUAGUCCCUGUACCCUACCCCCAACGAGCAGUCAAAGUAGUAGAAGUAAGAAAUGCACCUUAUCGAUAAAGCGGCGCUUAUCAGACGCCUGUGGAGUCGUCGCACCAAACGUCCGAAGACCUAGCAUUCGCACUGACCUUAUGAUUAUGAGAACGAAAACUUGUGCCAAAGGUGAUGGAGACAGCGGCAGUGGAAGUCCGAAGCUCAACUUAAAUAGGUUAGUACGAUCGAGCACACAAAACGAUAAACGUUCAUGCGCGAUACAGUGAUAGUAAAAUAAAUGAAUGUAGAUAUAUAAAUGUUGAGAGGAUUAUUGGUCAGGUGCUAAAUGAAGUCGAUUUAAGGCGAUUAUACGUCCUAGUAGAUGAUCGACUCGAUUUUGAGGAAACCCCAACAUUAAAAGAAGGCACUCAAUGGAUAAAAUAUAGAAUAUUAAAAUCGAUCGUAUUAAGUACCGUUAAGGUAACUACAUAAAUUGGUCGUGUUGCUUCGUUGGAUUUUAAAGCAGUGUAUAAUAAAAUAUAACAAGCUUAGUACAUGUAACCAUUGACUACAUCUAUGUGUGUAACGACCUUACUUAAUUGCUUUUGUAUUAUUUGUAAAUCUUUCGAAAUUAUUUCUGUAUAUGAAUCAUACGUUUGUUAUUAAAAUAUUUUUGCUAUAAUUUGAGAGUUUAAAUUAUAAAUCGUUGAAAAGGGACCAAAAAUUGUUCUCGCUGUUGGGUUGGAUAUAAGCUUCUAUGGAAUAAACAUAAUGAAAUUGCAUUAAAGUAAAAAAUAAUUUAUUUCAAUUUUUGUUAUUAAAUAAUUAAUUAAAAAUAAUUGUUAUAUAUGUAAAAUUACAUAUAGGGAGAAGAUAUAAUAUAUGGAAUUUCUCUUUACGUAUCAAUAUAUCGUGUCGUUUAUUACAUAUUCUCUUGUUCUACUGUGUAUCUUUGUGAUCUUUACCUGUACCUUCUUGUCCGUGCGAAAAUAAAUAUGUUUGUAAAAAA